UUUAAAUUAAACUGCGCAAAUCGGAGCUGGAGGAAGAAGAAAGAGAUGCGACAAUGGAUAUCCGUAGCUAAAGAAGCCCUAAAUCAAAUCUCAACAGUGGCCAGAUUUCUCUGUUUGCUCCAUGUCACCGACAAGUACCUAUGCUCCCCUACACUCGCGUACGGUCCUAGCAUGCUCCCGACGUUGAACUUAACCGGAGACGUCAUAUUAUCGGAACAGGUGUCCUACCGCUUGGGACGAGUAGGUCCAGGUGACAUCGUGCUCGUCCGAUCACCAACGGACCCGCUAAAGAUCGUUACCAAGCGCAUUCUUGGUCUUGAAGGUGAUCGAGUCACGUUCUAUGAUCCUUUGAGUGGUGACAUAUGUCGAACCGUCGUGGUUCCAAAGGGGCAUGUUUGGAUUCAAGGGGAUAACAUAUAUGCCUCCAAUGAUUCUCGAUAUUUUGGGCCUGUUCCUUAUGGUCUAAUUCAGGGGAAAGCAUUUUUCAGGGUAUGGCCACCUGACAGCUUUGGACGAUUAGGACCUUGAACUGGAUGAUAAUCCCAAUUGAAGGAAUUGUGUUUUAGGGUAUAGAAGAAUGAUUAUCGAGGAUCUGACACUUAGUAAUGUAUGUAAAUACAUGUUAGAAGUGGCUGUACAUUGUAAGCUCAGGUUAUUUGAAAAUUUUGGCGGUUCACCAAUCUUUGACCUUACAUAUCAGUUUUUAACUUUGAUGUGUCUAAUAAUGUAGAUGGUAGUAUGAUUUAAAUUUUAACUCCAAACAUUGUUUCUUAUCUCCAUUUUUCUUUGUAUCAAAGAUUGUGUUUCAAGCAUCUGAUGAUUGAUGAAUAGUGACAAUGAGAUGGUUUUCAUUUU